UUAUUUAUCGCCGGUUAAUCAAAACCGACUUUCAAGUUUCAAUCACUCCCAGAUUCGUCAACCAUGUCUUCUCUCAGGCGAUCAACUCCCUCCAUUCACCACCAAAUCCGGUCAAUAUCCUCAACACCACCUUCUUUGAUCGCUACAUCAAUCACCACCGCCGCCCCCGAUUCUCAUAACAGAAACCCUAGUUUACUGCGAUGGCUUUCCGCCGUCGUCGCAGGCACUGGCGUCGGGAUCUCUCUUUACUGGUGCUCGCCUUCUGUAUCGUCGACAUACGCGGUGAAAUCAGCUAUGGGCUUUGCUGAUUGGAUGACGGCAACUGCUGACAGAUUUAAGGAAUUGUACGACGGCCAGCCUCUGUCAAGUUCUAGUUUCUUCAUCGGAGAUGCGUUGCGGAGAAGAAUCUUCUUCAACUAUGAGAAAAGAUUGAGGAUGUUAAGUCCUCCUCAAAAGGUGUUUGAAUACUUUGCAUCAGUCAGGACUACAAGAGGGGAAAUUCUUAUGACACCUGGCGAUUUGAUGCGUGCAAUUGUUCCUGUAUUCCCUCCUUCUGAGUCAAACCUUGUACGAGAUGGAUCUCUUAGAGGAGAAAGGCGUCCAGGAGAAUUGCAUUGUGCUCCUUCAGAUUUUUUCAUGCUUUUUGAUGUCAACAAUGAUGGGCUCAUAUCUUUUAAAGAGUAUAUAUUUUUUGUUACACUACUCAGCAUACCAGAGUCCAGCUUUUCAGUCGCUUUUAAAAUGUUUGACAUCGACAAUGAUGGGGAGAUAGAUAGAGAAGAAUUUAAAAAAGUGAUGGCUUUAAUGCGAGGUCAUAAUAGACAAGGGGCAUAUCAGAAGGGUGGAAAUCGCACUGGAUUUAAAGUUGGAGGUCGUUUAGAAAAUGGAGGACUUGUUAACUACUUUUUUGGUGAAGAUGGAAACAAACGCUUACAACUUGAAAAUUUUGUUCAAUUUCUACGGGAUCUUCACCAUGAAAUGAUAUGGUUGGAGUUUUCACAUUAUGAUUUCAAAUCAAGUGGGACAAUAUCAGCUAAGGAUUUUGUGUUGUCAAUGGUGGCAUCGGGUGAUAUACGACAUAUGAACAGGUUGCUUGAUCGUGUUGAUGAAUUGGAUCAUGAGUCUCACUUGAAAGACAUACGGAUUUCAUUUGAGGAAUUUAAAAACUUUGCUGAACUACGUAAAAGAUUGCAGCCCUUUUCUCUUGCCCUUUUCAGCUACGGAAAAAUCAAUGGUUUUUUGACUAGGAAUGAUUUUCAACGAGCCGCUUCUCAUGUAUGUGGGAUAUCGUUGAGUGAGAAUGUAAUUGAGCUGAUUUUUCAUUUAUUUGAUGCAAAUCAAGAUGGGCAUUUAUGUUCGGAUGAGUUUUUAAGGGUUAUGCAUAGACGGGAAAGAGAAAUAGCUCAACGCACAAAGGCCGGAAUCAUGAAUCCGGUGUGAUUCAAUUCCAUUCCAGAGGUACAUACAACAACACAGGAUUUGCUGACUUGUUGCUGACGUAAGCAGAGGUAGUAGAGAUUUAGGAACAAAAUAUGGAGAAGUUGUAUUUAUAAUUCAUUGUUGGUAAUGAUGAUGAAUUAAUUGAUGAUGUUGUCACACUUUUAUAUAAUGUAUAGAGUCAGAGUCACACUACUUGGCAUUUGGAUAUUAUAUAUUAUUACUACCCUCAUCUACUA